AUGCCCGUUGACGGCCCCGAUGCUCAGCGCCGCGACCUGCACGCCUGGCUCUCCGUCGCGAAGGAGGGCGACACCCUCUCUUCCGGCGGAGCCCUCUACCAGCUCGUGACGCCCCACGACUCCUCCCUCGCCAAGCGACAAGGCACAGGCUCGUGCCCCAACGCGGAAUACCGCGUGACCGAGGUCGAGAGCACGGAGCAAGGCUGGUCGGGCUAUGCGCCCCGACACUGCUUCGACUGUUCCGGCUCAGAGGGUUCCUGCACAUUUGCAGAGUCAGUGGGAUGGGAGACGUCGUACACGAUCAGCUUUGGGCUGGACGCCUCCUCCGCAGGCCAGGUCGCAAGCGACAUCACGGGCAACAGCGGCCUCAACUUUGGGUAUGAGUGGACGCAGUCCUUCUCUGGCUCCGCGACUGCCAACUGCGAGUACCCGGGGGGCACGUACGGCCGGUUCCUCGUCCAGACCAAGAUUGGUAUCGCCAACACCCGCAGCAGGCUCUGCAGGAGCAGCUGCAUCAAUGAGCACUGCGACGAGUGGGAGUAUGGACGCGUCGAGUACCCCCUCAAAGACGAGAAUGGGCUCGCGAUCGAUGGGACCAAGUGCGAAACGGUCGACACCAACGAGGCGUGCCAUGCUGGCAUCUAG